AUGGCCAUGGGGGCCUCACGGGCUUGGACCCCCUUAUGUGGCUGUUACAUUCUCGUUGACCAUAAGCCCAUGUAUCUCCCCCACGUCAUGGUUGAUAUUCACGCAACCAUCCUUGACACCAUCUCCCACACAACUCUUACACAAACCUUCAUCAACCCUUCUCAGGAUGUCCCUAUUGAAGAAGUUAAAUAUAUUUUCCCCCUUUUCGAUGGCGUCUCUGUGACCGUGGUCUCUUGCAUUGUUGGAGGUCGAACCAUUACAGGCGUCGUCAAAGAACGCCAAAAGGCCAAAAAGGUAUAUGAAGAGGCCAAGGCUCUUGGGAAAACAGCUGGUCUCUUCGAACAAUCCCUCGAGGCCGCGGAUGUCUUCUUCACCUCCGUGGGCAACGUACCUACAGGCGGGGAAGUGACUGUCGUUAUUACCUACCUCGGGGAGCUCAAGCACGAUGCCGAAAUAGACGGUGUUCGUCUUACGAUCCCCACUCGUGUAGUGCCACGAUAUGGGAACUCCACUAUCAAGGGCUCUUUGGUUAAGGAGAAAGGGAUGACUAUCACUGUUGACGUUGAAAUGCCCGAGGGAUCCACUAUCAAGUCUCUCCAAUCACCCUCUCACCCUAUCUCGAUCCACAUCGGCAAGCUAUCCACAGAGCCGGAAGACUCUUCUGAGCCAUCUCUCUCCAAGGCAUCUGCCACCUUGACUCGAGAUGUUUCUGCUUUAGAUAAGGACUUCAUCAUUGAGGUGGUGGCCACUAAACUAUGCGAGCCUAGUGCAUUCUUGGAGACGCACCCAACCAUUCCUGACCAACGUGCGCUCAUGGUCUCACUCGCGCCCAAGUUCAGACUGUCCUCUGAGAAGCCAGAGGUCAUAUUCAUAUGCGACCGCAGUGGAAGCAUGGGCGGGAAAAUACAAGGUCUUGUCAACGCACUUCACAUUUUCCUCAAGUCCUUGCCUGUUGGCGUUAAAUUCAAUAUAGCCAGUUUUGGCUCAACGUAUUCUUUUCUCUGGCCAAGAUCCAAGACAUAUGAUCAAGAGUCUCUUGAUGAAGCUACAGAGCAUAUCAACACAUUUAGUGCUGACUAUGGAGGCACUGAAAUAUACCCACCGAUGGAGUCCGCUUUUCAGCGUCAAUAUAAAGAUAUGAAUCUGGAGGUAUUCCUGCUUACAGAUGGAGACAUAUGGGAUCAAGAUCGUCUGUUCAAGCUCAUCAGGACCGAAGUCACCGAGACGAAGGGGAAAACUCGAAUUUUCAGCCUCGGGAUCGGAUCUGGAGCCAGCAGUUCCCUGAUCGAAGGCGUUGCCCGCGUAGGGAAUGGGUUCGCACAGUAUAUUCAAGACGGCGAGAAAAUGGACAAGAAGCUGAUGCGAAUGCUGAAGGGCGCUCUCUUGCCCCACGUGAGCGAUUACUCUCUCGAAAUCAAGUAUGAGAGCGAACAGAAUCACAUGCAGCUUGACGAUGAGGAUGAGGAUGAGGGGUUCGAAGUGAUCGAGUAUGUGCUAGACUCGCUGCACAUUGACACGAGUGAACCAAGCAGUCCUCAAGCGUGGCCGGCGGAGCCCCGCGACAAUGUGCCCCUGUUUGAUUCAAACUUUGAUAAAGGCGAUCACACUGUGGAAGCCAGUGGGGACAAUACCAUUGACAAGUAUCAGCAUCUUCCUCAAAUUGACACUCCUCGAUACCUCCAAACCCCGACUGAGAUUCCCACCCUCUACCCAUUCUCUAGAACAAAUGUCUACAUCCUGCUGUCGGAAUCAACGCCACAGAGGAAAAUCAAGUCUGUGUUUUUGACCGGAACAAGCCAACAGGCGAAUCUCACAUUAGAGAUCCCGGUUGUGAACCUGACCCGGGAGUCCACAACCAUCCAUCAGCUUGCCGCCCGCAAAGAGAUCAAAGAGCUCGAGGAGGGUCGUGGCUGGCUUACGAAGGCCAAGGACAGCGACGGAGAGCUUCUCAAGAACAAGCUGGAUGGUCGAUUCUCCGACAUGCUUGAGCGAGAAGCUGUCAGGCUUGGACUGCAGUUUCAGGUCAGCGGUAAAUGGUGCUCCUUUGUCGCCGUCGAAGGGUUGGCGAAUGAGGAAGCCGAUGGCAAAGGAAAGCAACGUCAGAGGAAUCAGUCUGCCAAAUCUUCUGGUUCGUCACCCAUGGGUGUUGCUAAAGCUACGGUUUCAACCUGGGGUGCAGCUCCUCGGAAGCAACUUGCGUCAAAGGCUGCCAGGAAGUCCGCCCCUUCGGUUACCCCGGUCCCAGUGAAGCGUCCUCGUAAGCAGCUUGCAAACAAGACCGCGAGAAAGUCUGCGCCUUCCACAGCGCCAGUUCCUACAGUACAAAGAGGUAAGGGACUGGGUGUUGGAGGGCCGCUAAGACAUAGAAGGAUUGCAACUUUCUCAGAGCCGAUGGAAGAUGAUGGGGAACAAGCAGACAGCGAGACAGGCAGCCCGGAUAAAAGGGUGACUUCUGAUGGACUGGAAUCACCUGCCAGAAAAAGAACCAAAAGGACUGCCACCAUUGACCCCUCCAACAAGCUCCAGGCACUCAUUUCUCUGCAGACAUUCAGCGGCACUUGGCUAUGGGGCUCCAGCCUCGAGAAGGUUCUUGGGAUCACUGCUGAGAGAGUCCUCAGUAUGAAACUUCCCGCUUCUGUGCUCAAGCACGCGAGAAAGGAGGACAUAUUAGCCACUGUCUGUGCCGUCGCCUUCUUGAAAAAGUUUUACCCUGGUGACAAAGAGUCUUGGGAGAUGUUGGUGGAUAAGGCUGAAGAGUCUGUGAAGUCUCAAAUUGGAGACGACCUCUACAAGUUGGAAAAGAUCCUCAAGGCUCUAUUUUAG